UGAGGUUGGAUUGUUUUUUGACAGUUAGUUUGUUAAUUUCAAUUUGGUGCGAUUUUUGCCUUUAUAGCCACUAAAAUAAAGGUUAGAAUUGCUGAAAAUUGAUUUUUCAGUAAGAAGCAAUUAUAGUCCUUAUGCCACUUCAUUAUAAAUUCAUUUUUAAUGAAACUUUUUUGAAAUUGUCAUAAGUUAGGUUAUGUUGUUCACGUGUUGGUGAAGACAAGUUUUAUAUUAGUUUAAAUAAGUCAAAAUGAGUUCUAGUGAAUCUGAGCUUAGUGAUAGUGAUGUUGAGUUACAAGAAGCUUUCGCGGAGGGACGUCUCAAACCAGGGUUAAACACAGUCGAAACAGCCCCCAAACAAUUCGUCAACAAUGUCGGUGGCCUUCGGCAAAAACUGGCGGAGUUCAAAUCAAGCCUCCCCUGGAUCGAAAACCUGGAUUUAGUGAACAAGCAAGCCCCCUUGGCGCCGGAACUGGCCGCCCAAAUGCUUAUCCAUGAGGAAAAACGCGAAAAUCAGCUGAAAAACAACAAAAAAUUGCCCCAGGUUGACCCUAGUGUGGACCCCGUUUUGAACGAUUUCAAACGCGAGACGAUGUUCCACCGGCAGGCUCAAGCCGCCGUCAUGGAGGCCUUCCCGCGGAUCAAAGCCCUAGGGCUCAAAACCAUCCGUCCCGACGAUUAUUUCGCCGAAAUGGCCAAAACUGAUGAACACAUGCAAAAAAUCCGCGCGCACUUGAUGCAGAAACAAGUGGCGAAACAACGCAGCGAGAGGGUGAAACAGUUGAGGGCGCAGCGAAAGGAAGGCAAAAUGAUGCAAGUUCAGGCCAAACUCGAACGACAGAAAGAAAAGAAGGCGAUGUUGGACCAAGUGAAGAGAGUGAGGAAGGGGCAAAGCAAGGAUUUGGGGUUCUUAGACGGGAGAAACAAGUCGAAGAAGGCGAUUGAAAAGAGGAAGGUUAGGGAUAAAAAAUUCGGGUUUGGGGGCAAGAAAAGGGGGAGCAAGUUGAAUACUAAGGACAGUGCAGCGGAUAUUAGCGAGUACAGGAGGCCCAAGAAACCGGUCGUUGGGAAUAAAGGGAAAGGGGCCAGCAAGAGGCCCGGGAAGAAUCGGAGGAUCAAGAAUAAAGCAAAGGGCAAACGAUAAAUAAAGUUUUUAUGAAAUGUUUGAUGUUUCAUUUUUGAAUGUCACAUUUGACGUUUUUGGACAUUGUUGCCAAUGUAACAAAACAAUUUUAGAUUAUAUGGAUUAUUUUGGCAUUUAUAUUUAAAGAUUUUGAUGUAAUUUUUUGUAAUAAAUGGUUCUUAACACUU